CACCAAGAUGGCCCCGUGAAGCCGGCCGCCCUCACCAAGAUGGCCGCCCAACGGCGACGUGGCGGGUCACGUGGGGGGGGCGGUAGCUCCUCCUCCUUCUCCUCAACGGCCGAGCGACGACUGAGGCGAUGGCAGUCAGCACUGGGUCCUCGCUGGUCCUCUCCUCCCUCUUGGCCCUCCUGCUCUUCGCUGGGAUGCAGACGUACAGCCGCCAGCUGGCUUCGUCCGAGUGGCUGACCAUCUUGGGCGGCUUCCUGGGGUCCGUCCUCUUCAUUUUCUCCCUCACCGCCUUCAACAACCUGGAGCACGUGGUGUUCGGCAAGGGAUUCCAAGCCAAGAUAUUCCCGGAAAUAACCCUGUGUCUGCUGCUCUCUCUCUUUGCCUCUGCUCUCAUCCAUCGAGUCUGUGUCACCACUUGGUUAGUACUCUG